GUGGUCAAAGCAUGGGUCACCCCAGCGGAGACAACACCAGCACACAGUGAGACAGACGAGAGAGAGGGAGAGCAGUCCGUUGAGGAUGCUGGACGUGCAUCUUAUGGAGUGAUUGCGCUUGUGAAGUUUUGGGUCUCUGGUCACGGCUCAGGCGUCUGGACCAUGGAGUUUGGACGAGCGUUCUCAAAGUUCAACAGGAUCCUCCUGCUGAUGGUCAUGAUGUUCAAACUGGGUAUAUUCUGCGGUGUAAACGCUGAGAGAUGUUUGGAGGCCCCUUGCCAAAAUGGCGGCAGCUGUGUGGACAUGCUGGACGACUACAAGUGCCUGUGCCCCAGCACGCCUCCGAUGUACUCCGGUAAGAACUGCUCCGAGCUGUACGACCCCUGCGCCAGCGUCGACUGCCCCGGCUGCGUCUCCACCCCGGGGACGACCGAAUACCAGUGCCUCUGCGACGAGGGCUUCGUCGGCCCCGACUGCAGCGAGAACGUGGACGAGUGCGCCAGCUACCCCUGCACGGGCACCAAGUCGCUCUGCGUGGACGGGGCCAACGGGUACGAGUGCCACUGUCCGAGCGGCUCGGCCGGGGACCGGUGCCAGGAGCUGGUGCGGAGCUGCAAGGAUGAGCCGUGCCUCAACGGCGCCGCCUGCAGGUGGGCACCGGAGGGGUACGCGUGCGAUUGCGCGCAGGGGUUCGAGGGUGAGGACUGCGAGGUGGACGUGGACGAGUGCCUCUCGCAGCCGUGUAAGAACGGUGCCCUCUGCAGGGAUGGCAUGGGGGUGUACGUGUGCUACUGCGUGCCAGGGUUCCAGGGGUCCAGCUGCGAGAUCGACAUCAACGAGUGCGCGUCCAGGCCAUGCGUCAACAACGCCACCUGCAUCAACGGCAGGGAUCAGUACACCUGCGAAUGUCUGCUGGGGUUCGAAGGGGUGAACUGUGAAAUGGAGACUGACGAGUGUGAAGUCGAGCCCUGCCAGAACAACGCCACCUGCUUUGACCACGUUGGUCACUACACCUGUGAGUGUGUGGAGGGCUUCGCCGGCAUCAACUGCGAGGUCGACAUCGACGAAUGUGCCAGUGACCCCUGUCUGCACUAUGGAGUCUGCGUUGACCUAGUGAACAGGUUUGAGUGUGACUGCAGUGGGACGGGCUUCUUCGGGGAGCUGUGUGAGGAGGACAUCCUGGAGUGUGCGUCCGCUCCCUGCCAGAACAACGCCACCUGCCAGGAUGGAGUCAACCAGUACACCUGUCUUUGCUGGCCAGGCUAUGAGGGUGAAAACUGCCAGAUUGACGUAGAUGAGUGCACGUCUGAGCCGUGUGAGAACGGUGGCGAGUGUGUCCAGCUGUCGGACGAGGACAGCUACGGCCUCCUGCCCCAGCUGGCCGGAGAGUUCAGCUACGCGAGGGCCGCCGGCUACCUGUGUCAGUGCAUACCUGGAUUCAUAGGUGAGAACUGCUCGAUAAACGUGGAUGAGUGUGAGUCUCAGCCCUGUGUGAACGGAGGAAUCUGUGAGGACCUGGUCAACUCAUACCAGUGUGUGUGUCCACCAGGAUACACAGGUGUGGUGUGUGAGGUGGACGUGGACGAGUGCGCGAGUAAUCCCUGUCAGAACGGCGGCACGUGCCAGGAUGGCAUUAACGCCUUCUUCUGCACCUGCGCUGACCCCGCGCCAGGCCAGCUGCCCUGGGGCGGCGUCGACUGCGCCACCCUGCUCGUCGGCUGCCAGGACCACCAGUGCCAGCACGGCGCCACCUGCACGCCCGGGCUGGACGCCGAUGGCCAGCGCCACACCUACACCUGCGCCUGCCCGGCAGGGUUCCACGGGGACCGCUGCGACACACCCACCACCUUCUCGUUCUCGGCGGAGGGCUUCGUGCCGGUGGAGGUUCCCGAGGCCGACCGGACGACCCGGCGGGACGUGGACACGGGCGGCGGCAGCCCCAGCGUCCGGCUGCGCUUCAGAACCACCCUGCCGGACCUGGUGCUGUUCUACAGAGGGACCGCGGAGCACUUCGUCUGCCUGGAGCUGGUCCGGGGAGCGCUGACCGCCAGGGCCGAGUCCGGCGCCCUGAGGAUGGAAGCCGCCUUGCUGGACCCGGUCAACGACGGCCGCUGGCACGAUGCCCUCGUCACCGUGGACGAAAAACUCACCCUGACCCGAGAGGAAAGCGCGAACGACAGCGAUGACGAGGACAGCGAUGAUGAUGAUGAUGAUGAUGAUGAUGAUGACGAUGGUGACGGUGGUGAGCGGACGGUGAAGAGAGUGGAGGACAGCGGUCAGAACCAGCUCCUGUUCUUCCACCCCGAGGGUCUGCAGCAGGUGUUUGUGGGCGGCGUGCCUCUGGACCUCCUCAACAACACGGUCAGCAAGACAGGCCUCCUGGGCUGUGUGGAGGACCUGCGUAUCGACUCGCUGCUCGUCCUGCCCCAGCAGCUGCUCUCGGACCUCGGAGACGCCCUGGAGAUCGGCUGCAACAAGACGGACUGGUGUCGGGAGGACCCCUGCUCCCAGCAGGGCCACUGCGUGGACAUGUGGACGGACUUCAGGUGCGACUGCAUCAGACCCUUCUACGGAAACUUCUGCUCUGAAGAGAUUCCAUCAUGGACGUUCAGCUAUGAGAGGACGACGUCGUCGUUCGUGAUGUUUCCCAUCACCCAGUCGCACGGCGCGUCCUUCUCCAUCUCCUUCUUCCUGCGCUCCACCAAGGAGGCGGGCCUGGUGUUCCAGCUGAGGCGGCGGGAGCAGGAGUACUUCAGCGUGUACCUGCGCGACGGCUCGCUCCACGUGGACAUCCACGCCUCCACCCGCCGCUCCGCCCACUACGUCACCGACGGUGUCAAGCACGACCUGACGGUAACCAUGGCUACAGGCUGGGUGUUCUUUAACGAGGAAGGGGUGCGGUUUGAGGAAGACGACACCCCUCCGGUGAUCAGCGUGCAGGCCGGGGACCAGGCGUUCGUGGGAGGCCUUGCCCAGGGACAGGACACGUCUCGCUGGGGAGGAUCCUUCAAGGGCUGCCUUCAGGACAUCCGCCUGGAUCAGACGCAGCUGUUUAUCUACCAGACCAAAACAAGCAAGCACACCAAACAGCAGCUGCCCAGCUACCUACCGGGGGCCGCCUUCAACGUGGAGCCACACUGCAUCUCAGACAACAUGUGCAAGGCACGGCCAUGUCAGAAUGGAGGUGUGUGCAACAUGACCUGGAAUGAUUUCAUGUGCGAGUGUCCUUUCAACUACACCGGGAAGAUGUGUGAGACGCGCGUGUGGUGUGUGAGUGACCCCUGCGUGAUGGGCAGUCAGUGUGUGGACCUAUCGGACGGAUACGAGUGUCACACCAAUGCUACGUUCGAGAACAACGCUCUCCAGUACCGUGCCGACGGAUCUCCCUUGGAGACGGUGAUGACGGUCUCCAUGAAGCUGCGCACGCGUGAGGAGAACGCCGUUCUGCUGCGGGCGUCCAACGGUCUGGAACUGUUGUGCAUGGGCCUGCGGAACGCCAGCCUCAUCGUGAAGCUGCGCAGCGGGAACAGCCUGGAGGUCUCGGUCCUGUCCAGCGAGACUGAGCUGGCCGACGGGGAGUGGCACCGCGUGGAGCUGCACCUGGACCCACCGCUGCUCCACAGCGCCCCCCAGUGGCAGCUCAGUGUGGACGGGCAGCCCACGGGCCAGAGCGUCCCUGCCGCCGGCACGCUGGACUUCCUGGGCAACGCCACCGUGCACCUGGCGGAGAACUUCACCGGUUGCCUGGGCGACGUGCGGGUAGGCGGGGUCUACCUGCCGCUGGUGGACGACGGCGAGCCUCCCCAAGCGUCGCGUUUCGCGCGUCAGCCGGGCGGGGCGGCCCCUGAGCUGGGCUGCCGGGGGUCCCCCGUGUGCGAGCCCUCGCCCUGCCUGAACCGGGGCUCGUGCCUGGACCUCUUCCACUCACACGCCUGCGCCUGCGCACCCGGCUGGGAGGGCGAGUUCUGCGAGGACGAGAUCGACGAGUGCGCCUCCUCGCCCUGCGUCAACGGCACGUGCCGCGACCUGCUGGCGGACUACCGGUGCGUGUGCACGCAGGGCUUCGGCGGCCGCAACUGCCAGGAGGAGCUGGACGAGUGCCAGAACAACCGCUGUGAGAACGGAGCGUCCUGCGUGGACGCCCUGGGCAGCUACUACUGCCUGUGCCCGCCAGGGUUCAGCGGCCACUUCUGCCAGUGGCGGUUCCCAGCGCCGCGGUGUAACCUGGACAUGAGGUGUGCUCACGGGGGCGUCUGCAUCGACGGGUACUGGGGAGCCAACUGCACCUGCAGACCUGGUUUCACUGGGGUCAGGUGUGAGGAGGAGAUUAACGAGUGUGAGUCCAACCCCUGCAUAAACGGAGGCACCUGCAGGGACAGGGUCAACAACUACCUGUGCAUGUGCGUGCGCGGCUUCAGUGGGAAGAACUGCGAGACCAGCCGGGAGCCCCAGAGGGAGCGGAUGCCCUGGCUGGUGGUGGCCAUCCCGCUGGCCUGCCUGGGCGCGGUCAUCGCCGGGGUGGGCAUGGUGUGUCUGGCGAUGACGGCCCGCAAGAAGCGGCAGUCGGAGGGCACAUACAGCCCCAGCAACCAGGAAGUAGACGGGGCCAGACUGGAGAUGGGCAGCGUGCUGAAGGUGCCCCCGGAGGAGAGGCUCAUAUAGGGGGUCAUCGGGGGAAAGGGGUCAUUGGGUUACGGGGGUUGACCAGGAAUUGGAGAUGACACAUGGACCAUGGAGAGCCAGUGGAUAUUCUAUGUGUGGGGCAAGUCCUGUUGGAGCAAAGCUUGCUACUGUAUUUUAGAGGGGUGGACUCAGGAGGGGUGGGGCUACAGGCCGGUGGGUGGAGUUAUGGGUUAUGGAGGCAUGCCAUGGACCUGACUGCAGAGCCCGUGGACAUUUGAUCUUUUAACUCCUGACUGCAGAGCCCGUGGACAUUUGAUGUGUGGGGUGGUUCCUGCUGGAGCAGAGCUAGUCGUCUGGAGGGGGUUCACAGGCACCAAGAGAUGCUGAGGGGCAGUGACAGAGACAUGACCCUUAUGGACUGAGAUGACCUCUGCGCUGCUACUGGACUACUGGGCUGAGGUGGACAGGAUUGAGGCGCUGGGACUAUGAGGACAUUCAGGAGCAGUUGUUUGGAACGAGACUUUAAUCCGCCUGUUGGAAUAAGGGAUCUGGGCUGCCUCAAGACAUCUUUACACUGACAAAGCCUCAUCUCUCAUUUGGCUCAGUUGGCCCAGCCUGGAGACAGGAUGCAGACUCUGCCCCAGACUCAUGUACCCCCCCGCUGGGCUAACUCCAGCAGGACAUCCCCUCUCCUGGAGCCCCCUGGAGACAAGAUGCUGACUCUUCCCCAGGCACAUGCACCCCCUGCUGGGCUAACUCCAGCAGGACAUCCCCUCUUCUGGAGCCCGCUGGAAACAGGAUGCUGACUCUUCCCCAGACUCAUGCACCCCCCGCUGGGCUAACUCCAGCAGGACAGCCCCUCUCCUGGAGCCCCUGGAGCUCCAGACACCUCCUCUCUGCUCUGUCACAUCCUUCAGGAGGCUCGGCCCCCACUGUGGGCACCUGCUGUGAGGAGACUGCAUUGUUGUCGCUGGUGGUGUGUGUGUGUGUGUGUGUGGUGAUGAUGACGAUAACUCUACUAGCUAGAGACUGUAAUAAUCUCUCCUGAUCGCGCUCAUCAGCUUACAACAAGCAGAAUUAAAAUGCAACAAAGACAAAAUCUGUGCAUCUCAGAGGAGUUAUCUAUUUAUAUUUUCGUUUUCGAUUCAUCCAGUCAGAACUUGUAUAAAAUAUAAUAUUACACAGGCUUUAUUACAUUUUACUAAUAAUGUUAACAACAGUGUAAGACUCUAAUUAUCAGUAAGAGCUUUUUGUAAUAACAGAACCCAAAUUUGAACCACAAUCCAAAAAUGUAAUUACAGAGUGUAAACGUGCCGUUACUAGCUACAAUGUGUCUACAGAGUGAUCAAAACUGUGUGAUAUCAGCUGUGUAAUAUCAGAGCUGUGUAAUAAUCAUGGGUGUCCCAUCUUAGUCAUUAGUGUCCUGACAUUCGCUUGCAUUGCAAAUUCACUCACACAUAACGAGUGUAGGCCUCAGUGUGUGACUCCUAUAAAGGUCUGUGUGUUAUGAAAUUCAUUAUUCAGAAAGCUGACCAUGAAUGUCAUGGAUGUGUCAGACCUCUUCACUGGUGCCAUUUGCUACUGUUACAACUAACUGCUGUGCCCCAGCUUAUUUGUGUUGAAUGGUGCUCUGCAUAACGAGGGCUGAAGUCUAACUGCUGUGCCCCAGCUUAUUUGUGUUGAAUGGUGCUCUGCAUGACGAGGGCUGAA